AUGGUUGCGACCAGACAAAGCAUGUCCAUUGGGUUUGUCCAUACAAGGGGAACGCUUGACCAUUAUGUGGCGGUACUACGCCAAAAGCCUGAAAUGGCAAAUACCAUCGAUAUCCUCGACAUCUCCUUGCUCGACCUGACCAAGCCGUUACCGAUAUUGAAAGUCAAGAGUUUGCUCGCCUUUGCCGCCAACAUAACGACUCUUUCUAUAGACAUUACCGGGAUUUCGUCUCGCCAAGCCCGUCUGCUUAUAAAGGAUAUUAAAUUAGAUUCAUUAAUCGCCUUUUCGACUUCCACUCUGCCUCAUGACGCUGCAGCUCUAUUCUUCGUCAAUCAUCCAAGGAUAGUCUCGCUUUCUAUCGGUAUCUGUACAGAGCACAGUGGCAGUUGUGAUCUCUUGCACGUACCGCGACUCCAACUACUUGAGGAAAUAAGAGGCCCAGCAGCAUGUAGCGUCAACAUUGUUUCUUCGCAAACUAGGACGAUCGCCGUAUCCCAUGGCACCGCGAAUGAAUGCAUCGCCCUUUUCGCAGGUCUACGCGACACUAACGCCGUAGUUUUUACUCUUGACAUCCCUUUUGUCCACAAAGACGUCUACAUUUUGAUCCAGGGAUUGCAAGCAUUACCCACGGUCUCAGCUUUACGACUGCGUGAAGCAGAGACAAUGAAUUCGACGAGUUAUAAAUGGUUACACAAUCAACUCUGGAAUACGGCAUUUCGUCGCAUGCACAAUCUUAAACAAUUCGAGCUUCGAACGAGCACAGCUUUGAUUGCCAAUCCCGGUGCGAUGGAAGAAGAAAGAUGGUUGAUCGGUUCUUGGAAAACACAAUUACAAGCGAAUGGAAGAAAAGUCGAGGAUCAGUAUGGGAACGGUAUUCUGUUCGAAUUGAAACCACCCGUACCAGUCAAGAACCGCGGUGAGAAAUCCUGCUACUUUUCUUGA